UGGGAUGGGGAGGGAGGCGGGAGGGGGUAUCGGGAUGGGGAACACAUGUAAAUCCAUGGCUGAUUCAUGUCAAUGUAUGGGAAAAACCACUACAGUAUUGUAAAGUAAUUAGCCUCCAACUAAUAAAAAUAAAUGGAAAAAAAAAGAAAGCUUUCCUCAGUGAUCAGUACAAAGAAAUCGAGGAAAACAAUAGAAUGGGAAACAACAGAAUGGUCAUAGCAAACACUCUCUUCCAACAACACAAGAGAAGACUCUGCCUUCAGCUUGCAGGAGGCCAAGGUGCAACUUUCUUCAGUUGUCCCGAAUCUGGGUUCACCCAACACCAGCCACCUCCACCAUGCCGCCUAAGUUCUACCCUAACGAGAUCAAAGUCAUGUACCUGACAUGCACCGGUGGGGAAGUCAGUGCCAUGUCUGCCCUGGCCCCCAAGAUCGGCCCCCUGGGUCUGUCUCUAAAAAAGGUCAGUGAUGACAUUGCCAAGGCAACUGGUGAUUGGCAGGGUCUGAGGAUUACAGUGAAAGUGACCACUCAGAACAGACAGGCCCAGACUGGGGUGGUACCUUCUGCCUCUGCUCUGAUCAUCAGAGCCCUCAAAGAACCACCAAGAGACAGAAAGAAGCAGAAAAACAUUAAGCGCAGUGGAAACAUCACUUUUGAUAAGAUUGUCAACACUGCCCGGCAGAUGCGGCAUCCGUCUCUAGCUAGAGAACUUUCUGGAACCAUUAAAGAGAUCCUGGGGACCUCCCCGUCUGUGGGCUGCAAUGUUGAUGGCCACCACCCUCAUGACAUCAUAGACGACAUCAACAGUGGUGCAGUGGAGUGCCCAGCUAGUUAAGAAUGGCGAAGGAAAAAGAAAAAUAAAAGGAUUAUUUGAUAACGAAAAGAAACAACAAAGAAGACUCUACACAUGGACGUCACCAGAUGGUCAAUACUGAAAUCAGAUCGAUUAUAUUCUUUGCAGCCAAAGAUGGAGACGCUCAAGACAGUCAGCAAAAACAAGACCAGGAGUUGACUGUGGCUCAGAUCAUGAAUUCCUUACUGCCAAAUUCAGACUUAAAUUGAAGAAAGCAGGGAAAACCACUAGACCAUUCAGGUAUGACCUAAAUCAAAUCCCUUAUGACUAUUCAGUGGAAAUGACAAAACAAAUUCAAGGGAUUAGAUCUGAUAGACAGAGUGCGUGAAAAACUAUGGACAGAGGUUCAUGACAUUACACAGGAGGCAGUUAUCAAGACCAUCCCCAAAAAAAGAAACACAAAAAAGCAAAAUGGUUGUCUGAGGAGGCCUUACAAACAGCUAUGAAAAGAAGAGAAGGGAAAGGCAAAGGAGAAAAGGAAAGAUAUACCCAACUGAAUGCAGAGUUCCAAAGAAUAGCAAGGAGAGGUAAGAAAGCUUUCCUCAGUGAUCACUGCAAAGAAAUAGAAGAAAACAAUAGAAUGGGAAAGACUAGAGAUCUCUUCAAGAAAAAUAGAUACCAAGGGAACUUUUCAUGCAAAGCUGGGCACAAUAAAGGACAGAAAUGGUAAGGACCUAACAGAAGCAGAAAAUAUUAAGAAGAAGUGGCAAGAAUACACAGAAGAACUAUACAAAAAAGAUCUUCAUGACCCAGAUAAUAAUGAUGCCGUGACCACUCACAUAGAGCCAGACACCCUGGAAUGCGAAAUCAAGUGAGCCUUAGGAAGUAUCACUACGAACAAAGCUACUGGAGGUGAUGGAAUUCCAGCUGAGCUAUUUCAAAUCCUAAAAGAUGAUGCUGUGAAAGUGCUGCACUCAAUAUGCCAGCAAAUCUGGAAAACUCAGCAGUGGCCACAGGACAGAAAAAGGUCAGUUUUCAUUCUAAUCCCAAAGAAAGGCAAUGCCAAAGAAUGCUCAAACUACUGCACAAUUGCACUCAUCUCAUACGUUAGCAAAGUAAUGCUCAAAAUUCUCCAAGCCAGGCUUCAACAGUAUGUGAACCAUGAACUUCGAUGCAAGCUGGAUUUAGAAAAGGCAGAAGAACCAAAGAUCAAACUGCCAACAUCCUUUGGAUCAUCGAAAAAGCAAGAGAGUUCGAGAAAAACAUCUACUUCUGCUUUAUUGAC